UCGACCCGAUGGACUGGUUGGUGGGUCCCAUCAUCAGUGAGGGCCGUUAGGAUUUGGUAGUCUCGAAAGGACCUCCGAAUUCAAUCCCUUCCGUAGUUCUCCUUCGGUUGUUCCAAAGCCAGAAUUCAGUUUCCCACGUGUUCGGUUGGUCGGAGUAUCUUCCCACCUGAUCCUUAGCUACCAGUCAACAACUUCAGCAGAAAGUAUGCUAGUUCUCAUUGUUGCAGGGCUGCAUGCCAGUCAAAUGAGACGAAGUGUGAAAGGUCGUCGGUCCUUCUUCCCUUCGUGAUGGACAGUAGAAGGAAGGUGCUGCAUGUGCUCUGGUGUCUCUUCUUGGGCCAGGUCGUCUCCUUCUUGCUUACAGUCGGCAGCUUCAUCACCUCCUUCCUCACCGAUCUAGACAUCGAUGCUCCGCUGACCCAGGCUUUUCUUAGUUACAUCAUUCUUGCUAUCGUCUUCGGCUGCGUCCUUCUCUACCGACGCAGGAGAUUGAAGGUGUCUUGGUAUUGGUAUAUCUUUUUGGGCUUUGUUGAUGUUCAAGGAAAUUAUCUUGUUUUGAAGGCAUACCAGUACACAUCAAUCACAAGUGUAACACUAUUGGAUUGCUUUACUAUACCAUGGGUCAUGAUACUUACCAGAAUUUACAUUGGGACCAGAUAUACAGUCCUGCAGUUUAUUGGGGCAGCCACCUGUGUGUUGGGCCUUGUUUUGGUGCUUUUUUCAGAUGCUGGUGUAGCUGGUGGAGGUGGAACCAGACCCCUUCUUGGUGAUGGGCUUGUAAUUGCAGGAACAAUUUUUUAUGCAAUCAGUAAUGUUUGGGAGGAAUUUUGUGUUAAAAAGAGAGACCUCAUUGAAGUGAUUGGAAUGCUUGGAAUUUUUGGGACUUUAAUUAGCGGAUGUGAAAUUUUGAUAUUUGAGUAUGCCGAACUUGAAUCAAUCAAUUGGACCCCAAAAGUUAUACUUCUCUUUGCUGCUUUUGCAGUUGGGUUCUUUCUAUUUUAUAGUACUGUCCCUUUCAUUCUCCAGACGAGUGGAGCAACAAUGUUCAAUCUCUCUCUCCUCACAUCAAAUAUGUGGGCAGUUCUGAUUCGUAUUUUCUUCUAUCAUCAACAGGUGGAUUGGCUUUAUUUUUGUGCGUUUGCUGUCAUUGCAAUUGGUCUUGCCAUGUACUCAUUCACAGGAAAAGAUGACAGCCCUGCCACACAAAUGGAGGGGUCAGAGACUAUUCAGUAUCAUCAGCUUGAAGAGGAAAGCAACUCCAAUGUGGUAUCGGUCAGUUGACAAUGCUGAUCUCUGAGAUAAGUGGACAAGGGCUCAGCAACUAAAUGUGUGAGAGUUGGUGGCCAGUCACUCUAAGACCCAUUUCUCUUGAUGUAAUGUCGAAGUUUCUCUAUAAGGUCAGGGAGGCCCAAUAAACUGUAGGUUUGGUAUGCAUAGGAAUUUCAAACAGUGCUUGACUGGAGAGACAAAUAGAAGUUUUAACUGUCUAAGCUCAGGCAUGCAUGUCAAUCUCCAGAUUCCCAUUAGUAGAUCCUCUCGGUGGUUUUAAAACUGUGAGAGCUACUAAUGAUUCAUACUUUAAUUUUUUACUAUCUGCUUCCUGUUGA